GUAGCAGCCACGCUCUCCGACUUCCAAGCUCAGUUUCCGCAUGAUGGAUGAGGACUCUAUCCGUGCCGAGCCCUUUCCGGCUCCGUCGAGAAGAAUAACAGGAACCGUUAAUGGCGUCCCGACAGAAGUCGGGUCACUUAUGUUCUCAGACAAGAUCAUGCUCACCGUUUCCCAAGGUGGACGUCUUGCCCAAUGGAUUCAGGUGCCACUUUCUGCGCCUUCACCAGCCUCCGUUGAUAUGGCCCUACCUGGGGCUGGAUUGAGUGCGCUUCCUUCGACACAUCUCACUCCCAAGACACUGGUUGGGGUCGGCGGGGAGGGUCGCGAAACUCUCGGUCAUCUCUAUGCUAGUCAGAUUGCCAGCCAUCUGACUCUGCGUGACCCCAAUGAAAAGAGAACCUUGCUUCUCGGACUAGGCUUAGAUAAAGUCGAAAGCGACGGAGAAGCGUUCUAUGACCUGCUUGGCUUAGUACUGCAAGUUCUUUGAUACUUAAAUACGAGUUUGAGUACGCUGGUU